CAGUACUGUUCGCCGUUUAUAAUUUUCUAAUACAAUUUUUUCGCAGUACCACCGCAGAACGAUAAGGAGGUAGACACUCCGGAGGUUUAUAAGGUUAUAGCGGAAGAUAAACUGCCCACAAAUAGCAAAGCUUUAUCAGAGGAAAUGGUGAAGGAAGAGAACUUUGUGCCCGAUGGAGCCGAUGAAGAAAUGCUCGGCGCUGGAACAGGCGAUGAGAAGUUAACGGAACGUCGCGAUGAGGUCAAAUUCAUUAAGGGCGAUCAUCAGAACGGCGAUGCCAAGAUUGACAUUGGCAACCUCAACGGAGGCAAGCCGGAAUUCACUGGCAUGAGCAAGGAGGAACUCUUGAAAUAUGCCAAUGAUCCGUUCUGGGUUCGCUUGCGUUGGAUCUUCUUCGUGGGCUUCUGGGCCAUUUGGGUGGCCAUGUUGGUCGGCGCCAUUCUCAUCAUUAUUGGCGCUCCCAAAUGUGCUGCUCCACAGCCGUUGGCUUGGUAUAAGCGUGGCCUGCAUGCCAAAUUCGGCAACGUAGAUGCCGCCAAGUCGGAGGAUGUUAAAUCCGCCCAGAAGAUAUACGCAUCUGGUGUUAUUUACGAACUGCCUGCAAUCCUAACGUACGAGGUGAAGAAACCGGAUGUGGAGGCACAGAUCAAGCGGCUUGUGGAUCUCUACAAGUCCAGCGAGAUGAAUGUCAUCCUCGAUCUGACGCCCAACUAUGUGAGCAAGGACUCGCAGCUGUUCAAGGAUGCUUUGGUAAACGAGGAGAAGCGUGCUGCAUUUGUCUGGGUGAGCCAGAGCAGCGAGCCAACCAACUGGAAAAAGGUUGGCGGCAACACCAGCGCUUGGGAGCAACUGGAGGGCAGCUAUGUGCUCUCACAGUUCGAGGCUGGCCACUAUGACUUAAAGAUGAACUCUACGCUGGUACGAGAGGAGCUUGGCAGCGUGCUGAAGCAUCUGAUUGGUCUGGGCGUCCUUGGAUUCCGGCUGAAGAACACCAAGUUCUUCCUGGUGAACAAUAAACUUGAAGAUGAGGAAGUCGCGCAUACACUCAGGGAUCCGAAUAUGAUAGACUACGGCUUCUACACACAUACGCAGUCCACCUUCCAGGACGGAUUAGGCGAUGUGCUCUACGACUAUUUGGGCUUUGUGAAGAAUGCUUCGGCGAAUGCCUUCCUUUCGGUGGCUGAGGACAUGAUUCGCCCCGAAGCCUAUGUGCUGAGCAAUUCGGGUGGUUCCUUUGGAGUCGAUCUACCCAUGUAUGGUGAUUUCAUAAAGACCAUCGGCUCCUCCAAGUCGGACAAGAAGUUGGCACAGCAGUUGCAACAAACGUUCCUAGACACAGGCAAUGCCAGUUGGCUGCAAUGGAACUUUGGCGACGUGUACGUGGACACAGGCAAGCAUCCCUCAGCCUUGGCCCUGUUCAUGUCUCUAUUGCCCGGAGUCCCUGUCGUCCCAGUGGACUCCAUUGAGUACACAAAUGUCAAUCAGGAUACCUACAGCCAAAUCCAGGAGAUGCGUUUAUCGCCCUCCUACAUGCACGGCGAGUUAAAGGUCCUAGAGUCCAACAAUCUCACCGCUUACUCCAGAAUCAAGUCUGGCAGUCCUGGAUACUUUGUCAUCUUCAAUCCCACCGAUUUGCCGCAGCCAUGCAACUUUACUGCUGACCACAAGCUGCCUGAGAAGAUGACCGUUUCCUACUUCAGUGAGAACUUUAACAACAAUGCCACUACUAACUUGGCCCAUUCGACAAAGGUGAAUCUCAACGAGUUGAAGGUCUCAGCGUACUCGACCAUAGUGCUGACCUAUGUCCCGGUGAAGACCGAGUAAAAGCUCAGAAACAUAACAAUAAUCAGCAAAAUAUAUAUAAACAUUAUAAUGCUUAAUACUGUAUUGAACUGCAUUCCAACCGUUGAGAUUAAAAGUCGCUAAACAGAAAUACGUUUGCUGACAAUAAAAAAAAUAACAAAGUCAAA